UUCAAUCAUAAUUACAAACAAAAAUCUACAAUUCAAGUCAGAGACCAUCUCAAUUCUAUUUCUAAUUAUUAAAUUUAUAAACUGAAAACAAAUAACCUGAUUUUAAAGAGGUGUAGAAUUUCAAUAAGCAAGUCAAUCCAACAGCAACUUUAAUAUGAGUUUAUUUGGAGAAAUCGUGGAGCCAGGAACGAGAGUUGCUUGGGAAGACUGGGACGACGUGUCUCAAGGAACCGAAAAUACCGAACUCAAAUGGACAAAUAUAUUGGAAGUUUCUGAUACAGUUGACCUCUUAUUGAUACUUGAUGGUAAACAAUUAUCAGAUACAGUAAAGCUGCAGGAACAAGAUUCUAUAGAAUUAAUAAAUACAGUAAAGGAAGCCAGCUUAAGUCUUUACAAAAUAAAAUUAAGAAAUGCUUACAUUUGCAUUUUGAAGGAUUACAACUUACUCUUGAGUAGUGCGAUAGUGGAGCUACUUCGCGAAUUUAUAGAAAAGAGUAAAGAUAUAAUAGUAUUUUUAAAUAAGCCUCUGGCGGAAUAUCAAACCAGUAACCUAACUUAUCAUCAGCCUUGUGUUGUCAGGUGUUUGAAAACAACAAAAAACUUAACAAACUCUCAUGGUCUUAAUUUUCCAAAAUUAGAACAGCCCAAUAUAAUUUCUGGGGUUGCAGCAGGAGUUAUGACUUUAAGGGAACACUAUAAUUUAGCAGCAAUGGCAGUGGUAAUCUUUAUGGAAUAUUUAGAAAACUCCAAAUUGGAGGAAGUAUACAGCCUAUUACAAAAUCUGGACAUUUCUGUUUCAACUAAUCAAAUGCCAAACAGUGUAGCUAACUCAAACCUCUAUAUAUAGUGUAGAGUUAAUCAAAGUUUUCAAAAUGUGUAAUGCUAUUUUGAUGGAAUAAAAAAAUAAUGUAAAA